AUGCGUCUCCGAAGCGGCUGCCCCACUGCCCAGCUCUGCAUCCCCCCUCCCGCCGUCCUGGUGAGGAGCUUCCCCGUGAAAUCCCGCCGAGAUCCCUCUUGUGGCACCUCCUGCAACUUCCAGCAGAGCUUCUGUUUGCCCCCUCGUGGGAGUCGCUGCUGCUACACCGGAGUCCCCCAGGGCAGCACCACCUACGUCAACCUGGGCGGGCUGGGGCUGGCACAGGGAGCCUGUGGCUUGGCCGUGUCCACGCGUGUCCCUCCCUGCUGCCAGGGGGUGGGCAGCUGCAGUGCCAGCUGCAGGGAUCCCUGCUGCUCCCAGGUGUGCCAGGGCAGCGCCACGUGCCAGGAUCCCUGCUGCCAGGAGGUGACCAAGUGCACCACAACCUGCCAGGAUCCCUGCUGCCAGGAGGUCACCAAGUGCACCACAACCUGCCAGGAUUCCUGCUGCCAGGAGGUCACCAAGUGUACCACAACGUGCCAGGAUCCCUGCUGCCAGGAGGUGACCAAAUGCACCACAACCUGUGUGGAUCCCUGCUGCCAGGAGGUGACCAAGUGCACCACAACAUGCCAAGAUCCCUGCUGUAAGGAGGUCACCAAGUGCACCACAACAUGCCAAGACCCCUGUUGUAAGGAGGUCACCAAGUGCAUCACCACGUGCCAGGAUCCUUGUUGCAGGGAGGUGACCAAAUGCACCACCACCUGUGUAGAUCCCUGUUGCAAGGAAGUGACCAAGUGCACCACGACAUGCCAAGAUCCCUGUUGUGUGACCAGAUGUACCACCACGUGCCAAGACCCCUGUUGCAAGGAGGUAACCAAGUGCAUCACCACGUGCCAGGAUCCCUGCUGUCAAGAAGUGACCAAGUGCAUCACCACGUGCCAAGACCCCUGUUGCAAGGAAGUGACCAAGUGCACCACAACUUGUCAAGACCCCUGCUGCAAAGAGGUGACCAAGUGCAUCACCACGUGCCAAGAUCCCUGCUGCAGAGAGGUGACCAAAUGCACCACCACGUGUGUAGAUCCCUGCUGCAAGGAAGUGACCACGUGCACCACAACUUGUCAAGACCCCUGUUGUGUGACCAGAUGUACCACCACGUGCCAAGAUCCCUGCUGCAGAGAGGUGACCAAGUGCAUCACCACGUGCCAAGAUCCCUGCUGCAGAGAGGUGACCAAGUGCAUCACCACAUGCCAAGAUCCCUGUUGCAAAGAGGUGACCAAGUGCAUCACCACGUGCCAAGAUCCCUGUUGCAAAGAGGUGACCAAGUGCAUCACCACGUGCCAAGAUCCCUGCUGCCAGGAGGUGACCAAGUGCGCUACUAAGUGUGUGGAUCCCUGUUGCAAGGAGGUGACCAAAUGCAUCACCACGUGUGUAGAUCCCUGCUGCAGAGAGGUGACCAAAUGCACCACCACCUGUGUAGAUCCCUGCUGCAAGGAAGUGACCACGUGCACCACAACUUGCCGAGAUCCCUGCUGUCAAGAAGUGACCAAGUGCAUCACCACGUGUGUAGAUCCCUGCUGCAGAGAGGUCACCAAAUGUGCCACCACCUGCGUGGAUCCCUGCUGCCAGGACGUGACCAAAUGUGCCACCACGUGCCAGGAUCCCUGCUGCCAGGGGGUGACCAAGUGCAUCACCACUUGUCAAGACCCUUGCUGCAAGGAGGUGACCAAGUGCAUCACAACUUGCCAAGAUCCCUGCUGCCAGGGCGUCACCCGCUGUGCCACCACGUGCCAAGAUCCCUGCUGCCAGGGCGUGACCCAAUGUGCCACCACGUGCCAGGAUCCCUGCUGCCAGGGGGUGACCCAAUGCACCACCACGUGCCAGGAUCCCUGCUGCCAGGGGGUGACCCAAUGCACCACCACGUGCCAGGAUCCCUGCUGCCAGGGCGUCACCCGCUGUGCCACCACGUGCCAGGAUCCCUGCUGCCAGGGCGUGACCCGCUGUGCCACCACGUGCCAGGAUCCCUGCUGCGUGACCAGCUGUGGCCCCCCCACCUGCUGUGGGGGCGUCCAGGCCGUCACCAAGCGCGUGGAGUGCUGUCCCACCCCCUGUGUCACCCAGGCCUCCCCGCUGUGCCGCCAGCGCUGCUCCAUCCGCUGCUCCGACGUCCGCGCCCGGAAAUUCCGGGGUCUCUGA